UAUAUAUAGCCGUUGAAACCAAAAUUUGAAAUUCUCAGCAACCCAAGCGAGAAAAUGAUGGAUUACUUCUUCGAUUACGGGCACCAACAUGAGAUGUUCUGGUUUGAGUAUCCACCGAUGAACUCUAAUCCACCCACUCAAGAAUUCCAUUCAGAAAACAGUGCUUUUGCGCCAUACAGGAGCCAACCCAUUCCAGGAGACGGAGGGGUUGGAGGGAGUAAUCGGAGGAACAUGAACAGUAGGAUGAUGGAGUUGUUGAGAGGCAAUUGGAGCGCGAUCAGAAAUUCCGGAGAAUCCGAUCGAGGGCGGUCUUACAGGCACAUGAUGAGAGAGCGAGCCAGGCGAGAGAAUCAGAAGCAGAGUUACUUGGCUCUGCAUUCUCUGUUGCCCCAUGGGACCAAGAGUGAUAAGAAUUCGAUCAUUGAAAUGGCGAAGCAUGAAAUCCAGAAGCUGCAGAGCUCCAAGGAGGAACUGAAGAGGCGGAAUCAGGAGCUCAAUGCGAAAUUAAGGGAGGAAGCAAUGGUGCUCAAUAUAGGAUUCAGGGUUGGGAAUCCUUCUUCUGGGAUUGAUUCAAUGGAGGAAGUUCUGAAAUGCCUCAAAAAUAUGGACUUGAAAACAACUGCCAUCCACUCCCAAUUUUCUCCUCAGCAAUUUUCAGCAGCUGUCAAGAUACAAACCCAGAUAGAAAAAGCUUUCAAAAUGGAUAGAGAAAGAAAUUCCAAGAUGCAGAGAGAUGUAAUUAUAAUUUAUUUUUUUCUUCUACGUCCUCUUUCUCUAGGUGGCUCAAAUAGAUUUUUUAUUUUUUAAAAAAAAAAAAAGAAAAAGAAAAAGAAAAAGAAAAACCAGGGGAGACCAACCUGAAAUCCAAACAAGUCCACAAGGAAAAAAAGGGAAGAAAAGUGGAUUCUUUUUGAAUUUCUGUGGACUCAUAAAUGAAUUUUUAGAGAAUAAUGACAAAUAAAAUUCGAUUUUUAUUUAUUUUUGUUCUUUCCAAUUUUCUUCAUGAUCCUAUGAGUGAAUGAGUGGAAAAUAAAAGCAAAACAAAUCCGAGAUGCAAGAGAGCUAUUUGUUUUAUUUUUAAAUUUUUUUAAUGUCAAGUAUAUGCAUUUUUUUAGGAUGAAAAUGAUGAAAGAAAUUGACAUAUUUGGAAACUUUUCAUUUUCUAUCAAAAGAGAAUAAAUAUAUUGCAAAUUUUUCUUCCUUUUCUUUUUGGGUUUUUUUUUUUUUUUGCCAAUUUCUUUUGUUUGAUAUCCAAUUUUUUUUAGAGAAUGUUUAUUUUUUUAACUUUUUACUAAAACCAAUUUAUUUCCUAAGAGAUUGUUUAGUAGUGUAAUUUAAAAAUAGUUUUUUAUUUAAAUUUUUUUUUUUAAUACCGAGUGUUGUUUUCUGGUAAUAAUUUUUAAAAACAAAAUGAAAUAAAGAAUAAUUUUUAGAAAACAAUAAGGAGUUGUUUUUAUUAAUUUUUAAAAAAUAAAA